CAAAAGAUUCCGAUGUAUAGAAAUUCCCAUACAACCACAAUCCAUCGCCUUUAAAUGUAGAAAAAUCUUCCCUCCAUUCCUGCAUUACCUCCCUCUCUUUCUAGAGGAGCUCUAGACAGGAAAUCAAAGAAGAUGGGGACAGCAACAGCAACAGCAACAUCAGUCAUGGCGGUGAUAAGAGCAUCUCGACCUUCAUUUCGGAAGCCGCAUGACAAAAUUGCAUUCGCCGUCCAUGCGUCUUUUCUCCCUUCCGGUUAUACACUCAUCGCCACCGGCACUUCCGUUUUCUCCCACCCAACAACACUACCCUCUCCCGAGCAAGGUGAGGUUGGAAUUGAUGGCUGGAAUGAACUUGACGAUUGUUAUGGAUUCAUAUACACAAAGACAGAGAAAGGCACCAAGAUAUCAGUAUUGGUAAAAUGCUUGGUGAUCGGUGAUAAGCUCGUGAUUGACGCUUUACCGCUCGAGGAUGACCAAAAAGAACCGUAUAACCUACGAAUUAAAGUGAAAGAUUAUGUGUCAGAUGAAGGUAACAGUCCGACUAACUACAGCAAGAUGUAUAAGAAUUUCCCAGCGUUGGUUGAGAAAUUGCAAUCGGAUCUUCUGGAUAAAUUGGAGAAUAAUCUGAAGUCCAAGUGUUCAACUCCUUCAACUUCCAGAAUGAAAUUUAUAUUAAAGCCAAAGGAACAAAACAAACUAAGUGAAGCCCAAAGCAAGGCAGAAACAAAGACUGAAAGCAAAACAAAAACAAAAGAAAAAUACCUAGAGAAAGCUAUACUAGUCGAAACAAGGAAGACCAAUGGAGGAUUCCCGCACAUCCCUGACUAUGUGAAGAGCAACAGAGGAGGGAGAGUUAGAGACAUUCUAAAAGUAGUGCAGAAACACCCUUUCUAUUCCGAAUCUUACCUUCCAUCGAGAGUCAUGAAUCUCUCUCAAAUUUAUCACGGAAUCAGGAGUUUCCAUCGAAGGCGGCAGCUGAAACUCUCUCCAUUACCAAACAAAUCAGGUUUAUUGUGGGUAGCAACUCAAAAAGGUAAAGGAUUAGAUCGUAGCCCGAACCAACCUGGUGUGGGAGUUUUCCCCGAGGAUCGACCAGAUUCUUCAGGCAUCAAAUAUCCUCCUGUUUCUCUUCCUACUAUAAUCGAUGAUCUCCACCCAGGGCCGGGUGCCGGAUUUUAUCGUACCAGGGGUGGAUCUGGCUCUGGUGGGGGCAUGCUUUUGGGGCCUAAUGAUCCACGCUGGGGUGGAAUAGGCGGAGAACAGCCUGGCGGCAGUCUUGAUCCUGGUAUUCCGCCGGGCAGUCGCUUCGAUCCCUAUGGUCCUCCUGAUGUCCCUGGAUUUGAGCCUAUCCGCUUUGUCAGGAAUCCUCGGCGUCCUGGGGAAGGAACUCAUCCGGACUUGGAACACUUUGGCAGCUCAGGUUUAUUUAGUCCGGGCUUGGAACACUUUGGCAGCUCAGGUUUAUUCAGAUUUUAGAUGUACUGCUGCUUCACCUUACACCCUAUUUUGAGACGUUUGUAAAAUGUUUUUGUCCAGUUGGAAACCUGAUGCUUGUGGGUUUUUUUUUUUUUCCCACAUGUAUAUAUUACUUUGGAUUCUAUGUUUCUGGUGACAAUGGAUUUGAGGGUUUUUAAGAAGGGUACGUUAAGGCACACACGUCUGUAGCCCUUCCUCUUGUUUGUUGAAAAUAAGAUCAUUGGAUACUUUUUCA